AUGAAAGUUUCAGUGAAAUGGACAAUGCGUUACAACUUUCCCGCGUUCGCCUGUUUCUUCUUGCUUAGCGGUGUGAUGCAUCUCACUCUAGACGUGAUAAAUCCGAAGAAAAAGUUCUCUACUCUGCUCUUCAACGUGAGGGUUUCUUGCCUGAUUGCCUUCGGAGUUUGUGCAUCAACUGUACAUUCGAGCUUUCUUCGCUACCUGCACAAACGGCCCUGCCAUACUUACGUGCCACUUCGAGACGCUCUAAUGGAGUACACAUGCUUGACUUCGCUGGUGAUCUUCUCGCUGACACACAUAGCAGGGCUGCAGCAGAUCGAAUACAAAAUCAUAUCGCUUCCAGAUGAUCAAGCAACACUCUGUACGACCAGUUAUUGCCCUGCUUUCGCGCAGCCACCGAUUUUGAAAGAAGUAAAGUGA